ACCGUCGUCGGGAUAUUUGGUUCCGUGACGGUGGAAUUCGGCUCCGUCGGUGGGGGAAACCCGAAUUUCUUUUUCACUUCAAGGUCCGUGGGGACGAAGGAAGGGAAUAGGAGGAAGGAGACGGCGAUGGCGACGACCGAUUGCCAAUUUGAUGUUGUUCUUUUUAUUUUUUGGAGAUUUUUGCCUUUUGCUUUUUUUGUUUUUAUUUUUGAUUUGUCGUUUUGGUUUGGGGAUGUGUCAAGCGCCACCCUGCCGGAAAAGAAAUCGUUGAAGCUGGGAAACGUCUUUGUUUGCAUGAUGGGAUUUUGCAUCUGCCCGUUGGAUAGCCGGCUCCGGUGUGCUCGAGCUUCUUCUGCCAGAAUCGCACCCGAUUUACAUCGAAUUACAGAGCCGUCAGAGGAUCGAGAUAAAUGGAUUUCGGGCAUGGAGGAAAGGAGGCGGCCUUUCUUCAACAUGGUCGAUUUUGACGAGCAGUUGCCCGAAAAGAAACGUCGUCGCACUCUGAGCAGUUACAUCUUAAAGGUUGGUGUUCGUGACGUGGUUUGGACAUUAAUGUCACGGGUGCAUUUGCUGGAAAAGAACUUUGAGGCUGAGAACAAGAUAAGGGUCAUGAAGUUUGAUUUUGAGAAGCAUGGCAUCACUGUAACGAGGCAAUGA